AGCACGCGGUUUUGGUUUCUUGGACAACAGUCUUGCCAAAGAAAAAGCAGAAAUUCUAUAAUAUUUUCCUACCAAGAAAAAAAAGAUGAAAAUUUGAAAAAAAUAAAGUAAAAUUUGAGGAUCACUUUCUCCUUUUUUCAGGAUUCAGGUUUACAAGUCAACUAACAAGUCUUUAUCUUUGUGAAUCCAAACUAUGUUUGUGCACUUCUUUGUCAGAUAUCACCUUCAAAUCUGAGAUGGGUAUUGCUUAAAUGUUUUGAUUCACAAUUCGGGGUUGGCUUUUCUCAUCAGUUUCCAUCAAGGUUUGUGCCUUUUUCUUCCCAAAAUCUGAAUUCCCCCAAGUGGGUAUUUGGUUUUGUUGCAGCAGAAAAUGGGUUGUUUUAGCAGUAAGGAGAGGGUUACAGAAAGGGAUAUUAAGGGUGGAAGAUCAGAGAGGGGUGGUGGAGGUGGAGGUGGAGGUGGUGGUGGAAGGAAUCACCAAGGGUACCAAGAAGUUGUUGUUCAGCACCCGCCGCCAGUGCCUGCCCCUCAGACUGCAGCCCCAACACAGACUUACCACCAACCACCACCACAGCCGCCACUCAAGCCUUCACAUCCCAAUACCAGAGCUAUUCAGAAGCCAGAUACCAUAUUGGGUAAGCCAUUUGAUGAUAUUAAGCAUUACUAUACUCUUGGUAAGGAACUGGGUAGGGGGCAGUUUGGAGUGACUUACCUCUGUACUCAGAAUUCAACUGGCAACACAUAUGCCUGCAAAUCAAUAUUGAAGAGAAAGCUUGUGACUAAAAAUGAUAAGGAGGAUAUAAAGAGAGAGAUUCAGAUCAUGCAGCAUCUGACUGGGCAGCCAAACAUUGUGGAAUUCAAGGGUGCUUAUGAGGAUAGGCACUCAGUGCACCUUGUGAUGGAGCUCUGUGGUGGUGGGGAGCUCUUUGAUAGAAUCAUUGCUCAGGGGCAUUACUCUGAGAGAGCUGCUGCAGCAAUUUGUAGGGCUAUUGUGAAUGUUGUCCACAUCUGCCAUUUCAUGGGUGUGGUGCAUCGCGAUCUCAAGCCUGAGAAUUUCUUGUUGUCCAGCAAGGAUGAAGCAGCAAUGCUGAAGGCAACUGAUUUUGGGUUGUCUGUCUUCAUUGAGGAAGGAAAGGUGUAUCGUGAUAUAGUAGGUAGUGCCUACUAUGUUGCUCCAGAAGUAUUACGGCGUAAUUAUGGGAAGGAAAUAGAUAUUUGGAGUGCAGGAGUUAUUUUGUAUAUUCUACUCAGUGGUGUACCUCCAUUUUGGGCUGAAACUGAAAAGGGAAUAUUUGAUGCCAUAUUGCAAGGAGAAAUUGACUUCGAAAGUCAACCAUGGCCAACUAUAUCAAAUGGUGCCAAAGAUCUAGUCAGGAAGAUGCUGACACAGGACCGGAACAAGCGUAUUACUUCUGCACAAGUUCUUGAGCAUCCAUGGAUAAGAGAAGAUGGAGAAGCAUCAGACAAGCCAAUAGACAGUGCUGUACUCUCUAGAAUGAAGCAAUUUAGGGCAAUGAACAAGCUCAAGAAGCUCGCAUUGAAGGUUAUUGCAGAAAAUCUAUCUGAAGAUGAAAUCAAAGGUCUUAAAGCAAUGUUCACCAACAUGGACACUGACAAGAGUGGUACAAUCACUUAUGAAGAACUGAAGAGCGGAUUGGCUCGACUUGGUUCAAGGCUCUCAGAGACUGAAGUCCAACAACUCAUGGAAGCUGCUGAUGUGGAUGGCAAUGGAACGAUUGACUACAUUGAAUUUAUCACUGCUACAAUGCACAGACACAAACUAGAAAGAGAUGAGCAUCUCUAUAAGGCUUUUAACUAUUUUGAUAAGGAUAACAGUGGCUUUAUAACAAGAGAUGAAUUGGAAAAUGCCAUGAAGGAGUAUGGGAUGGGUGAUGAAGACAGCAUCAAGGAAAUAAUUAAUGAGGUUGAUACAGAUAAGGAUGGGAGGAUCAACUAUAAGGAGUUUUGCACAAUGAUGAGAAGUGGAACACAACCGCCAGUCAAGCUAUUUUAGUUUCAGUGAUGGUUGCUGAAUGUUAUAUGAGCAACAGUAGAUUCUCACCCAGUUUAGCCACUCGAGUGGUUAAGAGGGGAUCUUGAGGAAGGAAAACCGUCCCACCAAGGCAUAAUACCCUUGUUCAGUUUACUUUGUUCAGGAUCAUUUCCGUCUUCCUAAAGCAGAGAUUUGAGCUUGAGAGGUUUUCACUUUAGGUUGCUUGGAUUUGGAGUGAUGUUUGUGUAUAUCUAACCCUGCAGAGUGUUUCAUUUUCCAUGAUAUUUUUAAUUUCCUGUCCUCUGCCUAAACCCGGAUAUGUUCAACAUCAUGGAAGGAGCUCAUUAUAAGAAGAAUUGUCAAUUUUCAUGUGGUAGUCAUAAUCUGUUAAGCAAAAGAUUCCGAUGCUAAAGUUUCUCUUGGGAGUAGUUUUCCUUUUGUAAUUGAGAUGAUAUGGAUCCACAAAAGGAAGCUUAUUUUCUUC